UGCCGACCACAAGUCCCACGACCAAGAUGCUUAUUCUGCAGAAAAUAUCAACCAACAAAAGAAAAAACAAAAAUGAAAAGAAUAUCCUUUCAAGACAACGACCCUUUAGAUUAUAUAAAAUGAGUGUGUUAAGUUAAGAGGAACCUUAGCAGAACAAAAAGACACCGAGUGAAGCUGAUGGGGAGUCUAAGCCACCUUUUCUGUGUGCUUGUGAGCCUUCUCGACCCAAUCAGCUGCCAUGGUGAGUCAAAGCCUGAGGAAGACCAUAAGGCCUUGUUUAUAUUUGGGGACUCCCUCUUUGACGCCGGCAACAACCAGUACCUCAAUGGUAGCGUGGAAGGGGGUGGAGCCAUCUCCUGGCCGUAUGGGGAAACCUUCUUCAAGCAUCCCACCGGGAGACUCUCCGAUGGCCGCCUAGUCCCCGAUUUUAUUGCCCAGUUCGCGAAGUUGCCUCUACUUCCACCAUACCUACAACCAACUGAGCAUCGAUUCACCGAUGGGGUCAACUUUGCUUCAGCUGGAGGUGGUGUUCUUGUUCAAACCCACCCUGGAACGAUAAAUCUCCCAACUCAGCUAAGCUAUUUUAAGACUGUAGUGAAGUCACUGAGGCAAAAACUAGGUGAUGUGGAAGCCAAGAAAGUGCUGAUGAGAGCUGUAUACUUGUUUAGCGUUGGAGGCAACGACUACUUUAGCUUUUCUUUAGAGAACCCGAAUGCUACUCAGUCCUACCGAAGACAAUAUGUGGGGAUGGUGAUCGGCAACUUGACUAGUGUGCUCAAAGAAAUAUAUAGUUUAGGAGGAAGGAAAAUUGCAUUUCAGAACGCAGGGCCCUUGGGUUGCCUACCAUCCAUGAAAGCAAGGAAUCCCCAUCUUGGUAGUGAGUGUGCCAAAGAACCCUCAGCUCUGGCAAGGCUACACAACAGAGCUCUAGCCGAAGUCCUUAAAAAGCUAGAGAGCAAGUUACCAGGAUUCAAAUAUUCAAUAUUUGAUUACUACAAUGCGCUUGGAGGCAGAGUUAAUUACCCUUCAAAAUAUGGCUUCGAGAAUGGUAAGGCUGCGUGUUGCGGUGGCGGGGCGUAUAGGGGAAUGAAUUGUGGAGGUGGAAGAAAUGGAACAGAACCAUACGAGUUAUGCAGUGAUCCAAGUGAAUAUGUGUGGUUUGAUGGUGGCCAUACUACUGAAUCAGCAAACCGCCAAUUAGCUGAGCUGAUAUGGAGUGGAGCACCAAAUGUCGUAGGGCCUUACAAUGUGAAACAACUAUUUGGACAUGCAUAACAAAUUAUCUUGUGAGCAGAUUAUGUUCUACCUAGCUUUCCUAUGAUGUUUUUGGAUAUUGCAGUCCAAGAUUAAACCACUCCUCUUUGGAAUAGUCACUUUUUUUUU